AUGAGCCGGAAGAAUGGCUUCACCGUGGUGUACAUGUUCAUAUUGUUCUCAAUAUUACGAGUGACGUGUGAAGAGUUUGAGCUUGAAAAUACAGAAGCAUUGGUUGAAUGUGUUCAAUGUGUGCAGUUAUGGCGAUCGGCAUCAGCGAAAGAAGGGAAAGUUUGUACGAGUGGAGCAUCGACGUGUCGAGGGAAUGCUUGUUUUAUGAGACAAUGCAAGCACUGUCCUGUAUAUCAGUACAUGUCAGGAUGUGUGAAUUUUACACCAUGGCAACUAGCAGAUUUAGAGAUGAAUCGACGAACAUCAGAACUCCGAAUGCGUCGGGUCGGUGCUGUCCUUUUGUGUGAAGACACUUUCAAUCAGACGACGUGCGUCUGUAAUCGAAGAGAUAAAUGCAAUUCGAUUCACUCGAGAUUACCAUUUGCAACCUAUUCUGAAGGCCUUUUUCGUGGUGUUGUGAAUUUCGACACGAUUAUUGCGGCGAUUGAUCCGAGAUAUCUCGAAGUAAUGUCCGGUUAUCAUUUCCGAUUCCUCGCAUCUUCAUCAUCUUCCUCUUCCUCAUCAUUCUCCUCUUCCAUCGCAAUCAUUCUUUUCUUUCUUUUUUUGAGUCAUUGA